CAACUGCGCUCAAAGCCCAGCCCACUGCGCGCGGCUGGAGGAUCUGAAACUAUAAAGGAAAGAUCGUUUGGCAUUAAGCACGGAUAAACCUCUCUACGCCUCACUUGUCAACAUGUUUCUGUACAGCGCUAGCGUUUUUCUGAUAUGGAAUCUGGUGGUGGUGCUGACGGCUGCAGAGCCUGUUUGCGACCCAGAAACACAGUACCUGCUAAAUGGAGAGUGCUGUCAAAAGUGUAAACCAGGGACCAGCAUGACAUCGGUAGUGUGUAGAAGUCCUGAGUGCACUGAGUGUGAAGAAAAUGAAUAUACAGAUGAGUACAACACCAAGAAGACAUGUGAACUGCAGCCAUAUUGUGACCCCAGUAAGGACGAUGUCAAUAGAAAUACACGAGAUGUGCUCAUUUAAAGUGCAUAUGCAGGUCUGCAUGACUCUCUAGUUCUAGGUUUGGUGAGACUGUAUCUGUGGUAAAUAUUUAAAAUUAGAUAAGUUGUAGCUUCAGAAGAAAACUACAAAAAUACAGGAAGUUGUUUCUAAAAGUCUAAAAUGA